UGGAGAAUGGGUGGACGGAGUUGGAGGUUGGCGCCGAUGGAGUCGCCGUCAUCACCAUCGUGCACCCUCCUAUCAACUCCAUUUCCUUCCAGAUACUGGAGAGCUUAGAGAAAAAUUUGAAAGGAAGCCAUUGAAAGAGAUGAUGUGAAGGGAAUUGUACUUGCAGGUGCUGCUGGGAUGCUUUCAGGAGGGUUUGAUAUUGGUGGACUAAGAGGGAUUCAAGAGGGGAAGAUUGUACAACCAGAGACUGGUUAUCUUGCGGUAGAUUUGAUCACUGGCAUUUUGGAAGAUUCGAUUAAGCCGAUGGUUUCGGCUAUAAAUGGUCUUGCUAUUGGUGGUGGACUUGAGAUUUCAAUGGCCUGUCAUGCUCGAAUUUCUACUUCGACCGCCGAUAUAGGCCUGCCUGAACUCACCGUCGGAGUAAUUCCUGGGUUCGGAGGAACUCAACGACUUCCUCGCCUAAUUGGUCUUUCUAAAGCUCUUGAAAUGAUUCUGACGUCGAAGAUUAUAAAAGGAAACGAAGCUCAUCGGUUAGGUCUUGUUGAUGCUAUAGCUUUACCAGAUGAACUUCUGGAUACUGCUUGUCGUUGGGCUUUAGAUAUUGCUGAAUCUAGGAGGCCAUGGAUCAAGACUCUAAACCAAUCUGACAAAUUGGGACCCCUUGAUGAGGCAAGGAACAUAUUCGAUUCUGCGAGAGCUCAGGCUCGGAAACAAUCUGCUUAUAAUCAACUCCCAUUGGAUUGCAUUGACGUCAUCGAAGAAGGUAUUGUUUCCGGACCUCUUGCAGGGCUUUGGAAGGAAGCACACACUUUUCAGAAACUGAUUUUUUCUGACGAGUCCAAGAAUCUGGUUCAUGUUUUCUUCGCACGGCAAGAAAUAUUGCCUAUACCCGGAAUCAAUUGCUCAGGAUCGGUGCCGCCGAGAGAAAUAAAUAAGAUUGCUGUUGUUGGAGGAGGUCGAAUGGGUUCGGGAAUUGUGACUGCACUGAUACUGAGUAAUUUCCAUGUGAUACUUAAAGAAAUCGACGACAACUUCCUGCAAGAAGGACUGGACCGAGUCCAAGUCAAUCUUCGAAAUCGGCUCGUGGAAGGAAAAUUGAAUCCAGAGGAGUUUGAUAAGACUUUCUCAUUGCUCACUGGUGUUUUGGAUUAUCAAAGCUUCAAAGAUGUUGACAUGGUCAUUGAGGCAGUUUCUGAGGAUGUUUCACUAAAGCAACAAAUAUUUGUUGAGCUGGAGAAGUACUGUCCAUCCAAUUGUGUGCUUGCUACUACUACUUCGGCGAUAGAUCUGAACUUAAUCGGAGAAAAGAUCAACUGUUCUGAUCGCAUUAUCGGUGCACAUUUCUUCAGUCCUGCUCAAAUCAUGCCGCUAUUGGAAAUUGUUCAUACUCCAAAAACAUCACCGGAAAUUAUUGCGGAUUUGAUGAAUGUUGCGGCAAAGAUUCAGAAAAUACCGGUAACUGUUAGGAAUUGCACAGGUUUUGCUGUUUCAAGGAUGCUCUUCCCUUGCACACAGUCUGCACUCUUUUUAGUGGAUCAUGGUUUGGAUAUCUACAGGAUAGACAAUGCCAUUACAAAAUUUGGAAUGCAAAUGGGUCCUUUCAGAUUAAUGGAUUCAAUUGGAUUUGGUGAUGCUAUAGCCAUUGGAGAUCAAUUCCUCCAAAGCUUCCCUAAAAGAUGCUUCAAAUCAAUGUUGAUUCCUCUGAUGUUUGAGGAUAAGAGAACAGGUGAAGCUACAGGCAAAGGUUUUUACAGUUAUGAUGAUAAUGGGGAAGCUAAUCCUGAUCAUGAAAUACAGAAUUACAUUGAAAAAUCAAGGAACAUUUCUGGCACUCAACUGGAUCCUGAGAUAGUGAAUUUAUCUGAGAUAGAAAUACUGGAAAUGCUCUUGUUUCCUGCAAUCAAUGAGGCAUGCAGAAUACUAGAAGAAGGAAUUGCUGCCAAAGCAUCACACCUAGAUAUUGCCUCUAUAAUGGCCCAGGGUUUCCCAUCUUUCAGAGGUGGUGCGAUGUUCUGGGCCGAUUCUCUUGGGACCGGUUACAUCCACACAAAACUGGAGAAUUGGGCAAAGAAAUACGGAAAUUUCUUCGAACCUUCUUCCUUUCUUGCAGAAAGAGCUGCAAAAAGCCUGGCCUUAGUGAGUAUCAAUAACUUAUUUAUAUGUAACAAAAAUAUCCUCCUAACCAAAUGUUUUAACUGAUGCAGAGUGCCCAAGGUUCAAUCUGAGCCUACUUAAUCAUGCCAAAUUAUGUAUGUUUAACAGAGAUCAAUUCAGCAUCAUGUAAUAAAUUUCAGAGUAAUUCAAUAAAGUUUGUUAUAUCUGAAGCACAGCAGCUCUUGCAUCCCACAAAGAGUCAAAUUGAUUGCAUCCACAUGAUGUUCCUUUUAACUCAACCAAUACAAAUUGUAAAUAACAUAUCAUAAACUUUAUCAUUCUUUAUCAGCAACAUAAAAAUAGUCGAUUUUUUAGUUAUUUGAGAUAAAACAACAUCCACAAAAUAAUUGAAGAUUCAGAGUACCUAACC